CAUAACCUAUAAAAUAUAAACAAUGUUUUUUACUAAACAUUAAUGAGUAUCAACAAUGACUGCUGAUUUUGCUAAAGAGAAAGUGUUCUGGACUAGAAAAAUGAAUCUGAAGUUGGUUAAGUUUAUCGAAAGCCGCCCUUAUAUGUGGAAUCCUAAAGAUCCACUAUACACUUCAAUAUCGGCAAAGGAUCAAGCUUAUUCGGAUUUCGCUUCAAAAUACGGUGACGAAUUCAGUUGGCAAGCUGUUAAAGAACGUUGGACCAAUAUAAGAUCCACGUACAAUAAUUAUUUAAGGAAAAUAAAAGCAAGUCGGACGAAAAGAGACGGGGAGAUAUAUAAAGUGAACUGGCAUCUCUGGACUGCCUGUAGUUUCUUAUUAAAAUUAAAUAAAGAAAACAAUAGUGAAUUGAGACUAUUUUUGAAUGAAAAUGGUGAAAGUACACAGAACACAGACCAGAUAGGAGAACAUUGUCAAUACUAUCCAGAUGAAAUUGAAAUAAAAAGUGAUUCUGAAAUUGAACCUGUGAGCUUAAAUAUGGACUGUUUCUCGAUAGCUGAAAGUUUAGCAUCCGUCUUCCGCGGUAUUCAGCAUGAUGCUUUCGGUUUGGAGAAUACAAAACACGGUCAAAUAGGCAGAGCUGUAACAAGAAAACUAAAUGAAAUUAGCUCUUAUGAAGCUGCACAAAUGAUGCAUAAAAUCACAGAAAUAUUGUUAAGAUAUGACCGAUCAAAUCCUAUCAAUCCUAAUAAUAUAAAGGCUGAGAUAACUUAAA